AUGCGAGUUCUACCGCGAGGGCUUGGGAAAGCCCAGCCGUCGAUGAUUUUAUUGCUGCUCCUGGUCAUUGCCAUCGCUGCUCAAGUAGCUGCAGUGCCUGCAGACGAUACAUCAACGGAAACUACCGACGCCGCUAGGACCACCGACGAUCCCUCCACCACUGAUAGCACCAAGACCACCGCUGCUACGACAACCGAGACUUCAUCUUCAUCCACAUCGACUUCAACCUCGGACAAAACUACUAGCACGACAUCCUCCUCGUCGACGGGGACAACCAUGGAUACAACCACCACCUCGUCGUCCGAAACCUCCACAACCUCCGAUACGAGCACAUCAACAUCAUCCGUCUCCACGACAACAACAUCGUCAACAUCGUCCUCCUCCUCCACAACAGCCGCCGCGAUCGUGACAGUCCCCCCGAUAGCAAAUGCCCCAUACAUGCAAGAGAGCGCCGCGCCAGAGGGCACAGUGUUCAUCGCCGUCGGCGCGGCCCUAGGCCUAAUCGGCCUGACCCUGCUCGCAUGGCGCGCAAUGAUCGCAUGGUCAGUAAACCGCUCAGUGCGUCGCGCAGCCAUAAUCCACGCCUCAGAAUCCAAGCGUCUCCUCCGCGGCAGCAGAAAGAAGCGCUCAACCCCCUACACUGCAGCCCCAGCCGCCGACGUCUCCCUCGACAAACUCGGCGCCGCCACUCGCGCAAGCUACAAGCCCAACCGCAUCCCAAGCUCGAACAGCGGUCUCUUCUUCUCCCCUACUGCUGGUGGUGGUCCCCACGGAUCACAUGCUAGCCUCAAUGCGACGGGGAAUACGGGGAAUCGCGGUUCGACAUACCUGCCCGCUGGGUAUUAUGCUGCUGCUGGCAGUUCUACCCCGGCUGCUGGCGCUGGUGAAGUACCGUAUUCACCUGCAGCGGGUCUGUCGUCGCCUUCGCUGCCUCCUACUGGUGUUUAUCAUGAUUCGCAUAACCAGCGUCAGUCGUAUGUGGGCGCUUCGACCAGUUCACUGAAUCUUAACCAGGCGCCUCAGGGUCGCGCUCCUAGUGCCUACCUAGAGGACCUGUUUGAGAGCCAUGUGCCUUCUCACAACUCCGGGUCUGAUCGUCGGUGA